UCUUCUUCCUCUUCAAAGCUGAUGCUGCCGGGACCAGUUGCUAACACCGCCGAUGCCGCCGCUUCAUCACAGCCUCCACCUCAACCACAAGCAAGUGUUGCCGUUGAAUUCAGUGAAGAAGAAAGAGGAAGAUUUGAAGGUGAGCGGAGUUCCGGUGGAAACGGAUGGCCGCGCCAGGAAACACUGGCUCUCUUAAAAAUCCGGUCAGAUAUGGAAUUUGCUUUUCGUGAUGCGACUGCCAAAGGUCCAUUAUGGGAUGAAGUCUCAAGAAAACUUGGCGAGCUCGGGUAUCAUCGAAGUGGCAAGAAGUGCAAGGAGAAAUUCGAGAACGUCUACAAAUAUUACAAGAGAAUCAAAGAAGGCCGCACCUCCAAAGCUGACGGCAAAACCUAUCGAUUCUUCGAUCAAUUAGAGGCUCUCGAAGCCAAUCUGGGAGGUCCUACCCACCCUACUCCACCACCGCCUGCAAUGGCUACCAGUAACAUUACCACCACUCAACUUCCAUUCUCAACACAUCCGCCAGUCACUGUUCCAUCUGUUGCUAUUCCGUUCGGAUCUCAUCAAAACAACGUCAGUCCUAUCUCCGUUGCAGCACCCGCGGUGGUUAUGCCUCAUGUCGGUGGCUUUCCUUUUUCUCAUCCAAAUAUCUCGGCUUCUACGAAUUCGACUUCUUCGGCUAAUUCAUCUGACAACGAACCCCCCGUGGUGAGGAAGAAGAGGAAGAGGAAGUGGAAGGAUUUCGUUGGGAGGUUGAUGAAGGAAGUGAUACAUAAACAAGAGGAACUACAGAUGAAAUUUCUUGAUCAGAUCGAGAAACGAGAACGAGAGCGGAUGGCGAGAGAGGAGGCUUGGAGAAUGGAAGAGAUGGCCAAGAUGAACCGGGAGCAUGAUAUGUUGGUGCAGGAGAGAUCCAUCGCCGCCGCUAAAGACGCUGCCGUUAUCACGUUCUUGCAGAAGAUUACGGAACAAAACCCCAAUGCCGCCGUCCCUCAAAUCUUACAGCAGCAACCGCAGAACCAACCACCACCUCCACAACCAAUCCAGCAGCAACAAAAGCAGCAGAAUCUACAACCGCCACCAGCACCAGCACCGCCACCACAACAACAUCAAUUUCAGGUGCCAGCAUUACCAGUGGUGAAAAAUGUUGAUAAUAGUGGUGAAGUUAAGCCGAAUAUGCUAUCACCAAGCCCAUCAAGAUGGCCAAAAGCAGAAGUGUAUGCACUGAUCAAUCUCCGGACAACACUUGAUAUGAAAUAUCAAGAUAGUGGGCCAAAAGGGCCGUUGUGGGAAGAGAUAUCCGCCGGCAUGUUGAGGCUGGGAUACAACAGGAAUGCGAAAAGGUGCAAAGAGAAAUGGGAGAACAUCAACAAGUACUACAAGAAGGUGAAAGAGAGCAGCAAAAGAAGAGCAGAAGACUCAAAAACAUGCCCAUAUUUCCACCAGCUUGACGCCAUUUACAGGGAGAAAGCCAACAACAGCAGCCAUAAUAAUCCCACCAGAUUCCCAGAAAGCACCCAGAUGGAAGCAAUUAUGGCAGAACCAGAGCAACAGUGGCCACUUCCGGCGGUGGUGCAGCAGCAGCAGCAGCAAUCUACGAUUCACCAGAGUCAUGAAAACGUAGAUCAUCAGAAUAACGAAGAUGAUUAUGAUGAUGAGGAUGAAGAGGAAGAAGAUGAAGGCGGUGAGUAUGAGAUUGUAUCCAACAAGAACUCAUUAUCAAUGGGCGCCGUUAGAGUGACAGAAGCAUAGAGGAGAGAGAUUUUUGAAUGGGAAAAAGAAAGAGAGUGAAAGUGGAUGGGAGCAAAAGAGACGUGGAUGCAGAACGGGUCGGGUUGUGUGUUGGUUGGUGAAAACUUGAAGGAAGCAUGAGAUAGGUCGGAGCCUUGAGGGGUAACUUUGUAAGUUCAUAUAGUAUAGUAUAUUGUUGUUUACUUUACGAUUUAAUUAUUAUUUGCAAGAAAAAGAAAAUAAAUUCUGAGUAAUUAAUUAAGGGGGAUAUGGAUAUGGAUGAUCAGUAGAAUAAAGAUAGAGUAGUUUUGUAAUGUUGUUUGUUUGUUGUUAAUUCAUGUAAAUUGUUGUUUUAAUACUUGAUUAUACAAACUAAUUCUUUUUC